GUCUCGUCUCUUCAUAUUUUUCUCUCUGGUAAUAAAUUCUGACACAUAAAAUUGCCCCAGCCAGCAGCAACUGCUACAGUCCCCUCAUCUCCUCCUCUCCCCCUAAGCAUCAGCUGCAACGCCACCAGUAUAGCUGCAGUAUGACCAGAUAGUAGACAGACAGACUCAGGCCACCACCAUCUUCUACUUCUUCUACAUAGUUGGGAUAUACAUACAACUAGCUAGGAACCAAUUCUAAACCACACCAACAAGAAUCCCCCCACAUACAAAGGGAUAGAGAUAGAGAUAUUGACAGUGAGUGACUGUGAGAGAGAGAACCUUUUUGGGGAAGGCUUAAAGAGCGAGAAACGAAAGAGACUAUUACAAGAACAGAAACAGCAGCAGCAGCAGCCCAGAAGUACGGGCGGUGCGCAUGGGAUAAAGAGAGAAAGAGACGGUCUCUCUAUUUUUUAAAGUUUUGACUCAUCUUGUUUUAGAAACGUUGAGGCUGCAAAACCUAAGCAAGAGUUUCUUGUUUUACUCUAUCCAUCAACACUACUUCUUUGGUAAUGCAGAGAUUCUUCUUCCUAUAAACAUUCUAUACCCAUUUCUCUUCAUAUUUCACUGUUAUUUAUCCUACUCAUUGUUAUUACUUAGAUUAAUUCUCAUCUCAUCAAGGAUACUUCAUAGUUCUUUUAGUUGUUUGGUUUUGAAUAUGGGAGGAUUAAUUGAUCUCAACAAUAUCCUUACCGAGGAUGAAGAUGAUGAUACUACUACAACUACAUUACUUUUGUCUUCUUCAUCACCUUCAUCAACUACAACGCCACCACCUUCUGUUUGUUUAGAGCUAUGGCAUGCUUGUGCUGGACCUCACAUUUCUCUUCCAAAGAAGAAUAGUCUUGUUGUUUACUUACCUCAAGGCCAUUUAGAGCAUAUUUCUCAAAUCCCACCUUCUCUUGUUUAUGAUUUACCUCCUCAUGUCUUCUGCCGGGUUGUUGAUGUUGCUCUUCGUGCUGAGCUUACCACUGAUGAAGUCUAUGCCCAAGUUUCCUUGAUUCCUGAUAGUGAGGUUGAGCAGAAAUUGAAAGGAAAUCAGAUGGAAGAGAAUAUGGUAUUCAUUGAUGAAGAGGAAAUUGAGGGUGCAGGUGGUUUAAGUAACAAUAAAUCAAGCAGUAUUAGUAGUACUACCACACCCCACAUGUUCUGUAAAACCCUUACUGCUUCUGAUACAAGCACCCAUGGUGGUUUUUCUGUCCCUCGUCGUGCUGCUGAAGAUUGUUUCCCUCCUCUGGACUAUAAACAGCAAAGACCUUCACAAGAGCUUGUUGCAAAGGAUUUACAUGGUAUGGUGUGGAAAUUUCGACACAUCUACAGGGGUCAGCCUCGAAGGCAUUUACUUACAACUGGAUGGAGUGCCUUCGUUAACAAUAAGAAGCUUGUUUCUGGGGAUGCUGUGCUCUUUCUUAGGGGCGAAGAUGGAGAACUGAGGCUGGGUGUCCGGAGGGCAACUCAGUACAAAAGUGGCGGCUCGUUCUCAGUUUUUGGCAGCCAGACCUGUAACACUAGCACACUCACAUCUGUGGCUAAAGCUGUAGCUGCAAAGACUCUAUUUCACAUUAAUUAUACACCAAGGGUUAGCCCGUCAGAGUUUCUAAUUCCUUUCCAGAAGUUCUUAAAGGGGUUCGGUCUUUCGUUAUCUAUUGGAAUGAGAUUUAAGAUGCGAUUUGAAACUGAAGAUUCGACAGAGCAAAGAUGCACUGGAAUGAUUGCUGGGAUUAGUGAAAUGGAUCCUGUUAGAUGGCCCGGUUCAAAAUGGAGAUGCCUGUUGGUAAGAUGGGAUGAUAAUGUGGAGAUGACUCGGCAAAAUAGAGUUUCUCCGUGGGAGAUUGAGCCAUCUAGUUCAUUUUCAGGGUCAGGAAAUUUGUCACCGCCUGGUGCUAAGAGAGCCAAGAUUCGUUUGCCAGCACAAAUAGCAGAUUUUCCUGCUCCUAAUGGGGGUGGAUAUUUGGACUUUGGGGAAUCUUUUAGGUUCCAGAAGGUCUUGCAAGGUCAAGAAAUUUUGGGUUUGAACCCUUCUUACGAUGGUUAUGAUGUGCAGAAUCAUCAACCAUUCGGUAUCAGGAGGUGUGACCCUGGUUCAAACAGUAAUGGGAUGGCUGGAAUACUAAAUGGCGUCAAGGUACUUUCAGGAACCUCUGAUAUUCCCAACAAAGGCGGCUUUGGAGAAUCUGCCCGAUUCCCGAAGGUCUUGCAAGGUCAAGAAUUAUAUUCAAAAGCACCACAAAUGAGGGGCUUAGUGGAUAACAGAUCUCGUGAUAGUGGUGAGUUUGGAUAUUUGGAUGGGGUUCACAGGUCCACCAAUGGUAGUGCGUGGCCAGCAAUGUUGCAUGGCUACAGUGAUGUGCAAACCAGAGCACCAUCAGUAAAGGUGUCGUCUCCAUCAUCGGUCCUAAUGUUUCAACAAGCAAGUACUCGGGCUGCAAAUCCUGGCCAUGCUUAUGCCUUCAAUAAUAAUCAUGAGAAGGAAGACUCGGCGUCCAUGUUUGCUCCAGAACUGUGGAAAGAACAUCAACUAAUGAAUUUUAUGCAUCCACCUACCUCCUUCGUGAAUCGAGCAGGAUUGAUGGGUGAACGAGGUUUGGCUACCAGUAGAAAUGGUUGCAGACUCUUUGGGUUUCCCUUGACUGAGGAAACUCAUGUGGCAAAUGAAGAGGAUUUCAGCACUACUCCAAUUACAUCUCCAUCUUCAAAUGAGAACUUGAACCCAGACAUCCCUUAUGUAGCGUGUACUGAAAAUUAUUUGGAUCCUACCAGCUCGGCAAAAGCAUUUGGACAAAGAUGCACCAAAAUACUACAGGUUCACAAGCAAGGGAGUGUUGCAGGCAGGGCAAUUGAUCUCACCAAGCUUGAGGGAUACCCUGAUCUGAUAUCUGAGUUGGAGCGGCUUUUCAAUAUGGAAGGUCUUUUGAACGACCCGAAAAAAGGAUGGCAAGUUGUUUACACUGAUCAAGAAGAUGAGAUGAUGCUAAUUGGAGACGGUCCUUGGAAGGAAUUCUGCAACAUUGUAUCGAAAAUAUUGAUAUACACCCGAAAUCAGGAGGUGGUGGAGAUGGAUAAUAAUGGGAACAGUUCCGAAGGGGAAGCUGCUAUCUUUAGUAUACCUUGAUGUUCUCUGGUUCCACAUCUCCGUGGUUUAGUAUAUUCAUUCCCUAUUUGUAUGUAAGAUCCCUAAUGCAAACCGUGGCAUUAUUUCCCUAUUUGUAUGUAAGAUCCCUAAUGCAAACCGUGGCAUUGUUUGUUUCUUUUGUGAUUGCUUUUAAAUUGUACCAACAAUGGAAGAUUCUUGCUGCAAACUGUAGCAUUGUUUUGUUUGUUGCUGCUUUACGAAUUUACCAACAUUAUGUUCGUUUUGUUAAUGUACUUUUGCCAUUUAUGGAAGGAGAUUUGCUUUCAAA